UAGCGGGUUGGUUGCCUUUGCGUAGCGGUCGAUCCAAAAGCCCCCAACAAAAAGAAACAUCGCCCGCUCUCCGCCUCUCAGCGGCGAUAAGAUCCACCCCGCCUCCCCACCACAAAUCCCCAUCUCUUUUUCUCUCUACUCUUGCCACUCAUGACAGAGAAUCAAGCGAAUCUCCUCUAAAAAAAAAAAAACCCUCUGUCUCUCUCUCUCUCUACUGGACUCUAGAGAGAGAAAGCAGCCGACCUUCCAACCUCCAAAUUUCUCUCCGCUCGACUUAGAGAUAGAGAGAAGUAGCAGAGUGAGAUAGUGUGUGUCCAGAGAGAGAGUGGUGCAAUGGCUACCAUAACCUCCCCCGCUACACUCUCCCGCAUCGCUCCUGGCUCGCGCCUCCACUGCUCCACCUCUCGCCUCCCAUCGACUUCGGGCCUCCGAAUGCCUUUAGAUGCUCGCAGGCUGGGUUUCUCGGGCAACGGUGCUAGCAUCGCCUCGCAGAGGCUUUUGAAGGCCUGCGAGAUGGUGUGCGGUGGGCGUCGAGGUCGCGGGCCACGUGGGGUGGUGUCCAUGGUGAAGAAGAGUGUGGGGGACCUCACUGCCUCUGAUUUGAAAGGGAAGAAAGUGUUCGUCAGGGCUGAUUUGAAUGUUCCUCUUGAUGACAAUCAGAAUAUCACCGAUGAUACCAGGAUUAGGGCCGCAGUUCCCACCAUUAAACAUUUGAUUGGAAAUGGGGCGAAGGUUAUUCUUUCCAGUCAUCUGGGGCGUCCAAAGGGUGUCACCCCUAAAUACAGCUUGAAACCUCUUGUUCCUAGACUAUCAGAACUUCUUGGUGUCACGGUUGUGAAGGCUGAUGACUGCAUUGGUGAAGAAGUCGAGAAACUUGUCGCUUCGCUUCCUGAUGGGGGUGUUCUACUUCUUGAAAAUGUGAGAUUUUACAAGGAGGAAGAGAAGAAUGAACCUGAGUUUGCAAAGAAGCUAGCUUCACUUGCUGAUAUCUAUGUCAAUGAUGCAUUUGGAACCGCGCACAGAGCACAUGCAUCCACAGAGGGUGUAACAAAAUUCUUGAAGCCGUCUGUUGCUGGUUUUCUUUUGCAAAAGGAGCUUGAUUAUCUUGUAGGGGCCGUUUCAAACCCUAAGAGGCCAUUUGCUGCCAUAGUAGGUGGCUCAAAGGUCUCAUCCAAGAUUGGGGUGAUUGAGUCUUUGCUUGAGAAGUGUGAUAUCCUUCUGUUGGGUGGUGGAAUGAUCUUCACAUUUUACAAGGCCCAAGGUCUUUCAGUGGGUUCAUCCCUUGUAGAGGAUGACAAGAUUGAUCUUGCUACUUCCCUUCUUGAGAAGGCCAAGGCCAAGGGGGUCUCUCUCCUCCUACCAACUGAUGUUGUUAUCGCCGACAAAUUCGCACCUGAUGCAGAGAGCAAGAUUGUGCCAGCAUCUGGCAUACCUGAUAGAUGGAUGGGGUUGGAUAUUGGACCUGACUCCAUCAAGACAUUCAGUGAAGCAUUGGACACUACCCAAACGGUCAUUUGGAAUGGUCCCAUGGGAGUGUUUGAGUUUGACAAAUUCGCAGUUGGAACUGAGGCCAUUGCCAAGAAGUUGGCAGACCUUAGUGCUAAGGGUGUGACCACAAUAAUUGGCGGUGGAGACUCAGUUGCAGCUGUGGAGAAAGUUGGGGUGGCUGAAAAAAUGAGCCACAUUUCAACAGGGGGUGGUGCCAGCUUAGAGUUAUUGGAAGGGAAGGCUCUUCCUGGUGUUUUGGCUCUUGAUGAAGUUGUACCUGUCGCUGCUUGAGUUGAGAAACCUUCCCCUCCUCACCGUUCUUUUGUUCUUUUUUUUGUUUUUGUUUUCUCCUUUUUUUGUUUUUGGUUAAGCUUUUGUAAAAGCUUCUUUUCAGUGUUUAUGAGCUUAGAAUGGCAUGCUGUAAUUCAGAGUUCGGAAUAAUAAUCGAAGGAUAUUUUUCAUGAGUGCA